CAGACACCAUGAAUUAUCAGCUGCUGGUUCUUUGGGCUCUGACAGCUUAUGUCAGCUGUGACACAAAGGAAGACGCCAUAAAAGUGGAGCGCCUGGGUGAUGGGAUCAAGCUGAUUUGUUCAGACGGCAUUUUUAAAGAUGGAUCAAAAGAGCUGAACUUACCUUAUGAUGAUAAGAGCUCGGGGGAAUACAUCUGUAAUGAAAUCUCAAAAAUUUAUGUGAAAUUUCGGACUUGUGACAACUGUGUGGAGCUGGACACACCCUCCAUAGUGGGCAUGGCGUUUGGAAACCUGGUGGCCUCAGUUGUAAUCGGCGUGGCCGUUUAUCUCAUCGCUUCCCAAAGUCAGAGCCGCCAACCCCCUCCUACCAAGAAAAGGUCUGAUCGACAGAACCUGAUUCCUAACCAACCCGGCACGAGCAGCGACCAUUACCAGCCACUGAGACACAAACAGCCCAAAGAUGAAUACGAUGUCGUCAGGAAGUAG